AUGGCGGGACCCUCUCGAGCUCCUGUGAAGAAGCAGGCAUCGCUGACUAGCUUUUUCACUGCCAAUAUAUCAAGCAAGAAGCACGCGAACUCUCCCGGGGGAGGCUCGGCCGCGAACAGAAACAAGGACGAGACCGAGGACGAGAACACCCAAAAGAUUAUCGGGAAGGGGAAGGAGAAGGACGAGUCUUCGCCGAUAACUUUAUCGGUUUUAGAGUCCAACCGGAAACGGCCUUUGCAAGACAACAAUAGCAAUGGAAACGGAAGAUCUAGUCGCGCCGCAAAGCGUGCAAAGUCGGUCGUGAGCGAAGAUGACUCCGAAGAAGUCUCCAGCCCACCCGUGCAGGCAUCAACAGGCCGCACUCCCAUCCCUGAACCUCCAAGCUCAUCGUCCCGGACUGAGCGGUACGCUUACGAUGCAGACCGCUUGGCCUCGGAUCCGUCUGGGCUCAAUGAGGACGAGGACGCGGCGACGAGGCGGAAGAAAGAGGAAUUGCAUAGGAAGUUCGUCAAGAAGCUCGGGCACCCGGAUAGUUUGGCCUCGCUAAGGAGACGCGAGCUCCUUGGCCAGAAUGAAAGUCCUGGCUUGGAUGGAGAGGGCGAAGAGGAGGGCGGUGAUGCUGAGGAGGAUGAAACCCCUCUCCCAUCGAAAACCAAGAAGAAGGGUGCUAAGACUGGCAAGCUCACUCCCAUGGAAAUUCAGUUUCUCGAUAUCAAGAGGAAGCACAUGGAUACCGUUCUGGUGGUCGAGGUCGGCUACAAGUUCAGGUUCUUUGGCGAGGACGCCCGAAUUGCGGCCAAAGAACUCAGCAUCGUCUGCAUUCCCGGAAAAUUCAGAUACGAUGAACCCCAUAUCGACCGUUUUGCCUCGGCCAGCAUACCCGUCCAUCGGUUGAGCGUCCAUGUGAAACGUCUUGUUGCCGCAGGGCACAAAGUUGGCGUCGUUCGCCAGCUGGAAACGGCAGCGCUGAAGAAAGCCGGCGAUAACCGAAAUGCACCAUUCGUUCGGAAACUCACGAAUAUAUACACCAAAGGGACCUACAUCGACGAGACAGGGGAGCUUGACCAACCGGGAGAAGGCGCUGGGGCUUCCGCGGGGGGUUACUUGCUCUGCCUGACCGAGUCACCGGUUAAGGGUCUAGGGACUGACGAAAACGUCCAUAUCGGCGUCAUGGCGGUUCAACCUGCAACAGGCGACAUCAUCUACGACGAUUUUGAAGAUGGCUUUAUGAGGCGUGAAAUCGAGACGCGUCUGCUACACAUAUCCCCGUGCGAGCUCCUUGUGGUGGGGGAGCUGUCUAAAGCCACCAACAAGCUGGUUCAGCAUCUCGCCGGCAGUAGCACCAAUGUCUUUGGUGACAGAAGCCGUGUGGAGAGGGUGCCAAAAAGCAAGACGAUGGCCGCCGAAGCCAGCUCGCACGUUACGCAGUUUUAUGCUGGCAAGGUCAAAGGCGAUGACGAGCGUUCAGCAUCUCUGCUCGACAAGGUUUUGAAGCUGCCGGAGUCCGUGACGGUUUGCCUGUCGGCCAUGAUCACCCAUUUGACCGAGUAUGGUCUGGAACACAUCUUCGACCUGACCAAGUACUUCCAAUCAUUCACCACACGACAACACAUGUUGAUCAACGGUACUACUUUGGAAAGUUUGGAGGUCUACAGGAACGCAACAGACCAGUCCGAAAAGGGAAGCCUAUUGUGGGCGCUUGACAAGACACGAACCCGCCCUGGCCGGAGGCUACUGAGGAAAUGGAUCGGCCGUCCGCUGCUGGAUCGAGAACGACUGGAAGAGCGAGUCACCGCUGUCGAGGAGUUACUCGAACACCAAUCCAACUUCAAAGUCGACAGGCUAGGCGGCGUGCUCAACUCCAUCAAGGCUGACCUUGAACGGAGCUUAAUCCGCAUCUACUACGGAAAAUGCACCCGUCCCGAACUCCUCUCAACCCUUCAAACCCUCCAAAGGAUUUCUAUCGAAUUUUCUAGAGUGAAAACGCCAGAAGACACGGGCUUCAACUCAUCCCUGAUCGUCGAAGCAAUCUACGCUCUGCCGGGCAUAGGGACAAUCGUGAGCGCAUAUCUCGAUAAAAUCAACCCGGAAGCCGCGAGGAAGGACGACAAGUACACAUUUUUCCGCGACGAUGAGGAGACGGAGGAUAUCACCAAUCACAAGCUGGGUAUUGCUGCCGUCGAGGCGGAUUUGGAUGUCCACCGCAAGGACGCCGCCACGAAGCUGUCCAAGAAAACCCCUGUCACCUAUGUCACCGUGUCUGGCAUCGAAUAUCUGAUUGAGGUCCCCAAUACGGACCUGAAGCACGUACCGGCCUCAUGGGCCAAGAUCAGUGGGACCAAAAAACUUUCCCGCUUUCAUACCCCCGAGGUAAUGCGCCUGAUGAACGAGCGGGACCAGCACAAGGAAGCCCUCGCCGCGGCCUGCGACAAUGCCUUCACAGACCUUCUGAAAUCCAUUGCCUCCGAGUACCAGCCGCUCCGCGACGCCGUCGCCUCGCUAGCCACCCUCGACUGCCUCCUCUCUCUAGCCCAAGUCGCCUCCCUCCCGGGUUAUAGCAAACCAACCUUCCUCCCCACUGCGACCCCGCCCACCAUCUCCAUCACGUCCGGCCGCCACCCCAUUGCCGAACACACCCUCCCUGACGGCUACAUCCCCUUCACCACCUCCCUCGCCUCGCCCUCCCCGCUCGCCCAGCUCAUCACGGGGCCCAACAUGGGCGGCAAAUCCAGCUACGUCCGCGCCGUGGCGCUGCUGGUUCUCCUAGCCCAAAUCGGCUCGUACGUGCCGGCCGAGGCCAUGUCGCUGACGCUGACCGACGCCAUCUACACGCGCAUGGGGGCGCGCGACAACCUGUUCGCGGGCGAGAGCACCUUCAUGGUGGAGGUGUCGGAGACGGCGGCGAUCCUGCGCGGCGCGACGGCGCGCUCGCUUGUCGUGCUCGACGAGCUCGGCCGCGGCACAUCCACCCACGACGGCGCCGCCAUCGCCCACGCCGUCCUCGCCCACGUCGCCCGCGAGACCCGCUGCCUGACCCUCUUCAUCACCCACUACCAGAACCUCGCCCGAGUCGCCGACGGCCUCGGCGGCGCCGUGCGCUGCGUGCAUAUGCGCUUCGAGGCCACGGGGCGACAGCGGGACGAGGCUGCCGAUGGAGACGCUGACGCUGCGGCCGCCGACGCCGACGAGGAGAUCACGUUCCUGUACGAGGUGGCGGACGGGGUCGCGCACCGGUCGUACGGGCUCAACGUGGCGCGGCUGGCGCGGAUCCCGCGGCGGGUGCUGGACGUGGCGGCGCGCAAGUCGCGCGAGAUGGAGGAGGGCGUCAAGGCGCGACGGCUGCGCGGGGCGGUGCGGCUGCUGGAGGAUGUUGUUGCCGGGGGUGGUGGUGGUGGCGGUGGCGGUGGCGGUGACGGCGACGACGGGGAGGAUCCACUGGAGCAUUUGGUGUCGAGUAUUGAGCAGUUGUAG